AUGGAUACAGAUCAAGGGCCAUCAACCUCGAAGUCCUCUUUUGAGCUACCAUGGGUCGAAAAGUAUCGCCCCACCCGCGUGCGGGACAUCGUCGGGAAUGUGGAGGCGGUCUCCCGCCUGCAGAUCAUCGCUGAGGAGGGCAACAUGCCCAACAUCAUCCUGGCCGGUCCACCUGGCACCGGCAAGACCACGAGCAUCCAGUGUGUUGCUCGGGAGCUGCUGGGCCCACACUACAAGGACGCCGUGCUGGAGCUCAACGCCUCGGACGAUAGGGGCAUCGACGUGGUGCGCACCAAGAUCAAGAACUUUGCGCAGCAGCGCGUGAGCCUGCCCCCCGGCCGCCACAAGAUCGUGGUGCUGGACGAGGCCGACUCGAUGACGGGCGGCGCGCAGCAGGCCCUGCGCCGCACCAUGGAGGUGCACAGCGCCACCACGCGCUUCGCGCUGGCUUGCAACACCUCCUCCAAGAUCAUCGAGCCCAUCCAGAGUCGGUGCGCGGUGGUGCGCUACGCGCGCCUGGCCGACGCCGAGGUCCUGGCCCGCCUGCUCCACGUGGCUGCGGCAGAGGGGGUGGCCCACACUCCCGACGGCCUGGAGGCGGUGGUGUUCGUCGCCGACGGCGACAUGCGCGGCGCGCUCAACGCGCUGCAGGCCACCGCGCGGGGGCCGGGCCUGGUGGACCAGGCCGGCGUCUUCAGGGUUUGCGACCAGCCGCACCCGGUGCUGGUGAGGAGCAUGCUGCAGCACUGCCUGGCCGCGCGAAUAGACGAGGCAUACGUGGGCAUGAAGGCGCUGUGCGACAGCGGGUACAGCGCCCAGGACAUCAUCACCAUCCUGUUCAGGGUGGUGCGGGGCUACGCGGGCAUCAACGAGUUCCUCAAGCUGGAGUACAUCAAGCAGAUCGGGUUCUGCCACAUGCGCAUUGCGGAUGGCGUGGGGUCACGGCUGCAGCUCUCGGGCCUCCUGGCCGAGCUCUGCAAACUCAGCCAGAAGAGCACAGGGCAGAACGGUACUAGGAAGGCCACUGGUCCUGAGCAAGAGCAGGGGGGCUCCAAGCUCCGGGAUCAGCUGUACUUUAACUUCAUCGGGUUUCCCUUCCCACUGGGCCCAGUCCUCCGACGGAAGACCAUACGAAGAGAGGUGACACCAGGGGUCAUGUGGACUUUUGAGCAGGCCCAGACGUUUGCGGGGUUCCGCACCUCCACAAACAUCAGGAUGACUGUGAUCAAGCUGCUGUCUGGCGUGCUCUGGGUUCAUGCGCCCAUUGCACCCACCGCCGAGUGCAUCCGGCUGAUGAGGGAGUUGGGCUUCCCAGUGGGAUACAUCGUGCUGACGACAUACGCCUAUGAGCACAAGGUUUUCGUGGGCCCUUUCAGCAGGAAGUUCCCUCGGGCCAAGGUGUACGUCCCGCCCAGGACCUGGAGCUUCCCCCUGAACCUCCCCCUGCAAGCCUUGGGCAUCUUUCCCUCUGGAAUCCUCACCACCGAUGACCCAGGCGCGCACGGCCUGAAGGGGUUUGGACUGCUUCCUGCAGAUGUGCCGUGGGCAGGCGAGAUACAGCAAAAGGUGCUGCAGGCGAGCCUGGGGGCCGCGCCGUACGUCGAGGUGUCCUUUUUCCACAAGCCAACCCGGACCCUGCUGGUCACCGACGCAGUGGUUUCCAUCCCCGCUCAGCCGCCGGCGGUGGGUCAUGUGUCGGAGGAUACGGUGAGCAGCUCCGAGCUGUUGUUCCAGGCCAGCUCCAACUUCUACGUGAGGACGCUGGUGGGCCCCCAGCGCGCGGCGGAGCCGCUGCCCGACGUCCCGCUGCGGCCGCGGGAGCUGACCCCCGCGGCGGCGCAGCUGGGCUGGCGCCGCGCCGUCCUGCUGGUGCUCUACUUCCGGCCGGGGGACCUGCGCGACCCGCGGGCUAGCUUCGGCGCCCUGGCGGAGCGCCUGAUCGUGGGGCCGGUGCUGCGGGUGCUGGUCUUCCCCGCCAUCUCCGCCGCCGCGCGGGACUGGGUGGGCGCCAUGUGCGGCGAGUGGGACUUCCGGCGCGUCAUCCCCGCGCACUUUGACGCGCCGGUGCGCGCAGGCCCCGCCGACCUGCGCGCCGCUUUCCAGUUCCUGUGGGAUGGGCCAGAGGGCGCCGUGGAAGCUGUGGAGCGGCCGGCGCUGGGGUGGGCCGGCCUGCUGCGCCGCCUGCGGCCCGGAGGGGUCAACGGCCCGGCGCCGGUGGAGUACGAUGCGCGCGACAUGCAGGCCCUCCGCUCCCUCCACGCCUUCCUGGUCAGGCUGCGGGUGCUGCGCCCGCCCGACGGCGGCCUGGGUGUGUGA